GGCUGGGUCUGGAUUCGUUUGGUCAGCUGUCGGAGGGAAGCCUAGUGCCAGCAGGGUUCUGAUUCGCUGCUUUGGGGAGCUGGGGGUGGAGUGUGAUAUCUGGGAGUGAAACCCGAGCUCUCAAAGGAGGGAGAGAACCAUUUCUUGUCUGCUCCAGCUAAUCUUGGCGGGUCGACGCGAUAGUUAAAAGCUUUAGAAGUAAACAGAUCUGGUUCCCUUUCGCAGGGGGGAGGCCCUGAAAGUGCGGCUGGAAGAGGACGAUGCCGAGUAUGGACCUUCUGAUGCUGAAGGCCUUUGAGCCCUACUUGGAGAUUUUGGAAGCGUAUUCCACAAAGGCUAAGAACUACGUAAACGGGCAUUGCACCAAAUAUGAGCCCUGGCAGCUAAUUGCAUGCAGCGUCCUGUGUACCCUGCUGGUAGUCUGGGUGUAUGACUUUGUCUUCCAACCAGAGAGUUUAUGGUCGAGGUUCAAAAAGAGAUGCUUUAAGCUCAUCAGGAAGAUGCCUAUUAUUGGUCGAAAGAUUGAAGAGGAGCUGAACAAGAUCAAGGAUGAUAUCCGCAAGAGCAUGUCGUUUCUGCAUGUGGACAAAGAGUAUGUGAAAGUUCUGCCCUCUCAAGGCCUGAGCUCGGCUGCAGUUCUGGAGAAGCUCAAGGAGUACAGCCGCCUGGAUGUCUCGUGGCAGGAGGGGAGAGCCUCCGGGGCGGUGUACAGCGGGGAGGAGCAGCUCACCGACCUCCUGGUGAAGGCUUAUGGAGACUUUGCAUGGAGUAACCCACUGCAUCCAGCUAUCUUCCCAGGACUACGGAAGAUAGAGGCAGAGAUCGUGAGGAUAGCUUGUUCUCUGUUCAAUGGAGGCCCGGAUUCCUGUGGAUGUGUGACGUCUGGCGGGACAGAAAGCAUACUGAUGGCCUGCAAAGCGUAUCGGGACCUGGCCGCAGAGAAUGGGAUCAAAAGUCCAGAAAUUGUGGCCCCCCAGAGUGCCCAUGCUGCGUUUGACAAAGCCGCCCAUUAUUUUGGGAUGAAGAUCAUACGGGUUCCACUGAACAAAAUGAUGGAGGUGGACAUUCGGGCCAUGAGGAGAGCCAUCUCCAGGAACACUGCCAUGCUCGUCUGCUCCACCCCGCAGUUCCCUCACGGUGUAAUAGACCCCGUCCCGGAAGUGGCCAAGCUGGCUGUCAAAUACAAAAUACCUCUCCACGUAGACGCGUGUCUGGGGGGCUUCCUCAUCAUCUUUAUGGAGAAAGCAGGAUACCCACUGGAGCAGCCGUUUGAUUUCCGGGUGAAAGGUGUCACCAGCAUUUCAGCCGAUACCCAUAAGUAUGGCUACGCCCCCAAAGGCUCUUCAGUCGUGUUAUACAGCGAGAAGAAGUACAGGAGCUAUCAGUUCUUCAUUGAUCCAGAUUGGCAGGGUGGCAUCUACGCUUCCCCAACCAUGGCAGGCUCACGGCCUGGUGGUAUUAGUGCAGCCUGCUGGGCCACCUUGAUGUACUUCGGUGAGAGCGGCUAUGUUGAAGCUACCAAACAGAUCAUCAAAACUACUCGCUUCCUCAAGUCAGAACUGGAAAAUAUCAAAGGCAUCUUUGUUUACGGGAAUCCUCAACUGUCAGUCAUUGCUCUGGGCUCCCGUGAUUUUGACAUCUACCGACUGUUCAACCUGAUGACUGCUAAGGGGUGGAGCUUGAACCAGCUGCAGUUCCCGUCCAGCAUUCACUUCUGCAUCACGUUAGUGCACACUCAGAAGCGCGUGGCCAUCCAGUUCCUGAAGGACAUCCGCGAGUCUGUCACCCAGAUCAUGAAGAACCCGAAAGCAAAGACCACAGGAAUGGGUGCGAUCUAUGGCAUGGCCCAGACCGCCGUUGACAGGAACCAGGUGGCAGAACUGUCGUCGGUCUUCUUGGACAGCCUCUUCAGCACAGACACUGUACCUCAGGGCAGGCAGGUGAAUGGUUCUCCAAAGCCCCGCUGAGUGGAGAGGGGCUCCGGCCUCCAGAGGGCUCCUGGGUGCGCAGCAGGCCACUGGCAGGUUCAGCAUCUGGUCUCGCGCACAGAGCACAGCGAGACACACACGGGACAGCCUGGUGCUCGGGACCGCGUUCCUCCUCCGCUCGGCCUUCUAUGGUUUUGAAUGUGAAGACCUUGCAGGGUUCCGUUUCAUAAUUAUUUUGCCAUUGUUUUAAAUGUUACACUAGGAAUUGUUUUAACCAUUUACUCUUCUAACCUCUCUAGCUUUCCGCCUCACUUAAUCACGUGUGGCAGCUCGGACCUGACCUGAUUUGAUUUCCUAGGGGGAGGAGGUACAGUGUGUGAGAUAGAAAAGGGUUCCUCCGGGAUCUCAGGCAGAUGGGCUGGUCAGCUCGGAGCGCUCACGGACAGAGGUCUCCCGGGUGGCUAGGUGCGCUCUAGGCGGGAGGCGCCUGCAGCCCUGUGCUCUGAGGAGGUUAGUCUUCUGUCCGAGAGUCACGUGUACUGUGGCCCGUUCUGUGUCUCCAGGACGCAGACCGACCGGUCGGUUUCGUCGCUCACGUUCUGCGGGAUCGGCACGGCCAGUCUGCCGAGGCAGGGGCAGAGUGGUACGUUACCCUCCUCGGGGGGCAGUCCCCUUUGAGUUGUGGUUUCCACCGUCUUUGGGGACUCCUAUUUGAAAUGAUGAACCUGCUGGUUUGCUCUUGAACUAGGAAGGGAGUGUAAUUCCCAGAGAAGCCAGGACUUUCUGGCCUAGUGCUGCCUCUCUGCACUGGCAGUUUUCAGAGCACAGCCGAGCCCUCGCCUGGGCGACAAGUGACCGGAAACCAGACCCUUUUCUAUACUUUCCUGAAUGUCAGGGUGGGAUGAGCACCCGCAUUCAGAAACACGUCCCCCAAGUUGGUGGUGCCCCCCCUGCCCCGCUUUAAGCCAUCAUGUAUGAGAACAUGUUUGCCAGAAGGGACAGCUCAAAGCACUUCACAAGUUGCCUUGAUUUCCCCUGCCUGGGUGGUGCAAGGAGGGCAUGAGCGGGCCCCCAAGGCAAGGAAAAAUUCCUGUCUCCAUGAGUGUGCUCCCCAGCCUCUCUCCCCUGUAUUCGGCUCCAGAAGGUACUAUGGCAAUUUAGCCUGAGGUACUGAGCACUCGGCCCUGGCGAGGCUGAGGUAAACAUUUUGGAAUAGGAAAACACGGUGGCAAGUGUCAGUUGGAGCCUAGGACCUGGGAUUUCUUAAGACUAGUUGCUCAGGGUGGUGCAGGGACAGGACCGAACCCUGCGCCCACUUCUGCCUUCGGCCCCGCGUGGGGCCUGGAUCUGGGCCGAGCCACUGUCCCACCCUCAGGACCACGUACUGUAUGUGUGCCUUUUUCCUCGGCAGGGGGCAGUGGUGGGCUGUUCCUCACCCAGGCUCGGGGGCGGGGCGGGGGGGGGCAGCCUUGGAGACUUUCCUUUGGGUAGAGGAUUCCUGGGGAGGAGUCAGGAGACACUCCUCGAUUCCGUUACCCUUCUCAGGGACUCCAGAAUGUUCCACUUCCUCAGGCUGCUGUCCCCUCACUUCUUCCCUGGGUGUGUUGGCCGGGAGCGCCUAGAUGACGGUUUCCCCAAGCUCCUUACAAUGUGUGUCUAAAUCGUUCUUUAGCACUGUACUUCCUGCACAAAACUGUGACUGGCCACGCCAUUGCAGGCUGCUAUGUGUGUUUCCCCGUUCCCUCCAUUGUGGGUUCCGAGGGUGGUUGGUGUACGUGUGUGUGUCCGAGGGAGAGGCUGAGGUCCUUCGGACACGGAAGUGAUGUUCCCCCCAGUUACUGAACUGGCGGCACCUCCUGAGGGCUGUGCACGAAUUGUCUCUUGGUGUCCAGUGCAUUCCUUAACGCCGGAGGAAGUCCGGGACCCAGAACCAGCAGGCGCCGCUGUGGUUUGUCAGCUGCUAAAAUGGAGAAGCGUGUGCCCUGUAGAGUGUCUGUUGCUCCCACGUCUCCCCAGGCCCUGCCCCUGUGCUGUGACAACUUUGCUGGGGAGGAGGGAGGGAGUAGAGCUGUUUUUCAAAGGGACCUACUGUCGCCACUUUAUGUUUACGAGCCUUAGUUUGACUAAACAUUUGUGGGCUUUCCAUUCUCUGUGUCUGUGUGUAGUAAUGCCCAGGUGGGCAGAGUGUCUUCGUUCUGCAUUAGAAGUCAGUAGUGAGGAGUGUACUGCCACGUCACUUUUAAUAUGACCAGUUUUAUACUUGGAAAAUGGUACUUGCCUCCUUGAACCUUUUCUGUCUUUAACCUUUUCCUUUCCAUCUCAAUGCUCCCUUUGUACUUGCAGCAAUAAUCUCUUAAAAAGCGAUUAAAUAAUUAAACGUCCCAGAUCCUCA